AUGAAAUUCGCUUGGAAUUAUGUAUUUGUACUCAUCUUGUUGGCGUACAUGAUAGGCUCUGGUGUGCUACUAUUUUCACGAGGUUUUCUACUCUCGCGUGUCUCCAAAACAGAUGUCAGCUCUUGUCGUCGUUUAUCCACAAAUCCAAAUGAUGAAUACUAUCUCACUGAAGAGAUUGUGCAAGAAAUCUUUAAAGAUGUUAAUGCUUCAUCGAAUUUAUGUCUUCCACAAAAGUCAAAAGUAAUUAUUUUAUUAAUAGACGCGCUCAAAUAUGAAUUUGGAAUAUUUAACGAGAAUUCAAUAAAUCCAUUGGCUUUUGAAAAUAAAUUGCCCAUAAUGCAUGAACUACUGAAACAGUUCCCAGAACAUACACGUAUGAUGCGUUUUAAGGCUGAUCCACCCACCACAACAUUACAACGUUUAAAAGGUCUCACAACUGGUAGUUUGCCAACUUUUAUUGAUAUUGGUUCGAAUUUCGCUUCGCCAGAAAUCAACGAAGACAAUAUUAUCGAUCAAAUGGUUAAAAAUAAUGUGCCUGUAGUGUUUAUGGGUGAUAGUACUUGGACAGAUUUGUACCCACGUCGUUUUAAACGUACAUAUGCAUAUCCUAGUUUUGAUAUAUUCGAUUUGGAUACAGUUGAUACGAGAAUAGAAAAACAUUUACCUAAUGAAUUGGUUAAAUCAGAUUGGCAAGUGUUAAUUGCACAUUUUUUGGGCGUUGAUCAUUGUGGACAUAAGCAUGGACCUAUGCACCAUGAAAUGGCACGUAAGCUAACCGAAAUGAACAAUGUUAUAAGAAUGGUUAUUGAUAAAAUGGAUAAUGAUACUACGCUUUUUGUAAUGGGAGAUCAUGGUAUGACCGCUUCGGGUGAUCAUGGCGGCGAUACUGAUGAUGAAACAAAUGCUCUGUUGUUUGCUUAUUCCAAACAUAAUGAGUUUAUCAGCAGUAGCUAUGGUUCAGAUAAAGAAAUACUGCAACAGAUUGAUCUGGUACCAAGUCUUGCAACAAUCCUAGGUAUUCCCAUACCUUAUUCAAAUUUGGGUCUAGUUAAUUUCAAUAUAGUACCAGAUGUUGCCGUACCACAUAUGCAUAAAAUCCAAGUACUGCUAUUACACGCCUGGCAGAAUGCACAACAAAUUUAUAAAUAUUUCUAUAGUUACGCACUGGAAAAUAAACGCACAUUCGAUGUUGAAGAUAUGGAUAAACUAGAUACAGAGUUUAUUUUACUGACGCAUCGCGUAAAAGCCAUCUACAAUGAAGCUGCAUUUAAAUCCUUUUUCGGUGAUGUAAACAUACAACUUCGACAAGUUCUCAAGACUUGCCGCGAAAUUUGGGUUAAGUUCGAUGCAAAUCAAAUGUCACAGGGAUUACUGAUAACAUUCUUACCUAUUUUCUUCACAUUUUUAUUAAUCAACAAUACACGAGCUGGAGAUUUUUACAAAAUCUUUACAGCGAAAGGAAUUACCUACAUUUAUUUAUUGAAUUUGGCAGCUGGCGUGUUUGGCUACCGAUAUUUCAAGAACUUUUCAUUUAAAACCGAAGAAAAUGGCAUUAUAUUUUUUACAAAUAUUAUGAGCAUAUUAAUUUUAAUGUUCUAUACAUUUCAAAACUGGUCGACGAUCGCUUUGAAUUGGUCCGGUGUUAAACGUUUUGGAAAUAUGCCGACGCGCGUAAUCAUUUUCUUCACAAGCAGCGUAUUUUUCUCGAAUAGCUUUAUAGUGCAGGAACCUAAAAUACUGGCCUAUUUGUUGGUUGGUGUUUUAAUAUUACUCGUCUUUGAGUUGCUACGGAGAAGUGUACGUAUUGAUUUUAAAACUAAAUUUAAGGUGUCACAAUUCUUAAAAUCAGCCACAUUUAAACUAAUACUCAUCACAAUAUUGGCUAUAGUAUUCGUACGUUUUGCAUUUUUGCUGUUCCGUUGUCGUGAAGAACAAGGAAAUUGUGCAGAUUUUUCCAACAACUCAACCGGUUUCUCCCUGAAAAAACCAUCGACCGGUAAAGCUUAUUUAAUGGCUGUAGUUAUUAUUGUCUUAUACACUACGCUUACACGUUUAUAUUUGCGUUCUUGCGGUAAUUUGACGGGGAACUCUGUUAAUGUACUAUUAGCACGUUACGGUCCGACCAUUGCGUCCAUAUGCGCUGGCGGACACAUACUUUUGUCAAGCAGUUCUGUCAAGAAUAUACAACGUUCACAUAUAGAUGCUAUGGCUUUGGUUAUUUACGCUUUGCUAUUAGUUCAGAUUAUAGUGCUAAGCAUUGCACCACUAAUGGUGUUUGUGUUGCCACCUAAAAAUAAUUCCACUGUAACUGUCAAACGAGGCGAGAGCAUUGUACCAGAAAUAUUUAAAAAAAUGAAGCGCAUAUAUGAAGGAGAUGAGUCUGAAAAACGUUUUGAGAUACCAGUAGUCUAUGGUCUUGCCACUAUCUAUUCCUCGGUUGUGAUAUCUUUUGGUGUAUUUUUAGCAAUCAUGCUUGUAGUACUACUUGAACCAAAAUCAGCUAUCGGCAUUAUUAUCUGCCUAGCGAUAGGAGCGGUAAUACUAUCCGUGCAUUCCAUUUUGCGAUAUAGAACUGCAAAUAAUUUUGAGACAUGCAUACAACCCACAUUUACUGCUAUUGUUGGUUGGUUUCUCUUAGCACAUUUUUGUUUCUAUGCAACCUCACAUCAAACUACAUUAUCUCAAAUUGAUUGGCGUGCAGCUUUUGUCGGACGUACAACCAGCAUUGGUCAAUCCAAUUUUAUAUCUGGAAUUUUAGUUAUCUUAAAUACUUUCUGUGGUCAAAUACUUUUCUUUUGCUUAUAUGGCUUACUGAGCACGGAAACAUUCUCCAUCUUUGCACUAUUUCCUUCGCUUAUUAAAACUAACUCAAAUCGUGAUACUCGCAAAGGAGAAGCAUUAGAAUCGCGUGCCAAUAACACAGCACAACCACGUUCGCUUGUGGAAAUCUCGAACGAAUGUGUUGGAUUUGAUAUGACACGUGGAGAACUAACACUUUUCGAAAAUGAAUCUAUAUUUCUUGGCACAGUUUUCAAGCUAGCAGCACAAUUUUUCAUGUUGCAAGGCGUAAAGAUAUUUUGUGCUAUGAUGGCCUGCACAAUACACUGUCGUCAUUUAAUGGUCUGGAAAAUAUUCGCACCACGCUUUAUAUAUGAAGCAUUGGCCACAUUUGUCAGUUUCCCCGCGCUCAUUGUAGGUUAUUUACUUAUCGUACGGAUACACUUCGCGGUAGACAGUUUAGUGAAAAGAAUAAAUAAAGUGAAAUGAAGCUAAGAAUUUUUAUCGUGUAGGUUAGCACCAAUCCAAUGUGGUCAUUAAUUGUUUACACAUUUUUGUUAAUUAUUUAUUAAAUUGCUUACUUGUAUUGUAAGCAUUUGUAUUGAAACUGCUAGUCACUUAGAAAUAAUGGCUACAGUACAAAGACUUAAUUGUAUUAAUGAAAACAGCAAUAAGCUUUUUUAAAGUUUUGUAUUAAUUCUAGCUUAGCUUUUAUAGUAUAGUAAAUUAUAUUAAUAGACAAAAUGCCGUUUAAUUUGAAACUACCUCAUCCAACUACGUCGAAUUUCCUGGAAUGCUGUUAAAAAUGUGAGUUAUACUAUUUUAUACAUAAUAUUGUGUAUGUGGAGUAGUAUAAAAUCAUUUGUAUUAACACAUAUAGUAAGUUAAUCUAAUACGUAAUUUUGUGUAAGUAGCAACUGAAGAGAUUU